CCGCUCCAGACAACCAUACCCAUUUCUAUUCAGUUAGUCACCUACAUUCGCAAAAAUGGAAGCAUACGAAUUUGACCCAGCCGUUCAAGAUAAGCUUGACAAACACGAGAAAAAAGUCGAAGCCGUUCAAGCUGAUAUCAUCAAAUAUUCCAUCGAAAAGCAACAACCUCUAUUCGAUGAACGUGAUGAAAUUAUUAACAGCGUUGAAAAGUUCUGGCCUAAAACAUUGAUGAACUCACAAGGACUUGCUGUUUUCAUCGAUGAUGAAGAUCGUGAAGCUUUAAAUAGCUUAAAGGCAAUCCGUGUCGAUCGGGACUCAAAAGAUCCACGUUCAGUCACAAUCCACUUUGAUUUCAACGACAACGAAUACUUUUCCGAUAAAACAUUGUCAAAGAAGUUCGUUCCCGCAAAAGAUGCUGAACCUCUUGGCUCUGAUGAUUAUGACUUUGCUGAAACAUCAGAAACAACAAAGACCACAAUCCACUGGAAGAGUGAUGAAAAGAACUUGAGCAAGAAGAACCCUUCUAAGAUCAACAUCGAAAAUGGAAACGAAGCAGACGAUGAAGCAUCUAUUCUCGCUCCUGGAAGUUUCUUCUCAACCUUCUUCGAAGCUACAACCGAACCAGUGGCUCACAUUGGUGAUAGACUUAUCAACGAUCUAUACCCUCGUGCAUUAGAGUAUUACACAGGAGAUGCAAUCGACAUUGAUGAUAUGUUCGAUGAUGAUGAUGAAUUUGAUGAGGAAUUUGACGAAGAAGAUGAUGACGAUGAUGACAAGGAGAUCGAUUUGGAAGAGGAAGAUGAUCAACCACCAGCCAAGAAAAACAAGAAAUAAGCUUUUUCGGCUUAGGAUAUAGCGUGGAAUUUUGUACCUGACCAAUUUAACUUGUCAUUGUCUCAUUUUGUCUUUAACCGCUAAUACAUUAUAUUGUUUUCUGUUAUAAAA